UGUUGCUAUGGUUACCAAAUAUAAACAAAUGCGUCUAAAAGAUCGAUUUAUGUGCUACCUCUUUGUUUUCUUAGAUAAUAGGCUAAUUUCUUUAAAAUAACUAUCAAUUCUUCCAUGGCAGAGUUGCAUAUAUUAGGACAAUUACAACGUGCGGUAGAUUUUAGUGAAAAUUACUCGUUGUUUUGUCGAUAUACUUUCCAAGCAGGACCAAAUUGGACGCUGCUAUCAGGUUCUUCAGAAGGCCAAACUUCAUCUGGUGUACCAAAUACUGAGAAGUGUGUUGUUUGGGCUCAUCCAUUGGAUUUACACUUUGUCACAAAAGGAAUACAAGGUUGGCCAAAGAUCUUGUUACAUAUAAAUUGUCUAGACUCUUUGGGCCGCUCUUGGGUAUUAGGAUAUGGCUACAGCACUUUACCUACAGCACCCGGCUUCCACACAUUAAAAGUGCCCUGUUGGAUACCUGCAGCUACAUCAAUAUCAGAUAAGAUCCGACAAUAUUUUAUUGGUGGAUCACACCAAUUAUCAAAAACUGAUAUUAUCAGUUUAGGCAAUGAUAGAUGUAAAUUAAAUACUCUUUCAAAAGGUAUUAUUGAAUUGAAUGUAUGUGUUGUGUUAAGAAAUUUUACUCAAUUUGGAGUGGAGUAUAAAUAA